AAUUAUGGCUUAUUUAUUACCAUUUGCCAUAUGUUUGGCCUUGUGCUUGGCCGGCUUUUCAUUAUACCGUUAUGGUAAUAUACCACGCCAGCAUAUUAUUGUAACACUUUCGGUUUUAACAGCCUGGUGUUUUUCAUUUUUAAUUGUUUUCACCAUACCAUUGGAUGUGACAUCGACAUUAUAUCGGCAAUGUAUACAAGAACACAAUAUCACAACAAUAACAACAAUGCCAGGAUCCAAAACAUCAGAAUGUCAACAACCUUGGGGUAUGAUACCCGAUGAAGUAUUUCCCAAUUUAUGGCGUAUCAUAUAUUGGACAUCGCAAUUUCUAACAUGGUUAAUAAUGCCAUUAAUGCAAUCCUAUUUAAAGGCUGGAGACUUUACGAUAAAGGGCAAAUUGAAAUCGGCCCUAAUAGAGAAUGCCAUUUAUUAUGGUUCAUAUUUAUUUAUAUGUGGUAUACUAUUGAUAUAUAUUGCCGCCAAAGGUGUGUCAUUGGAUUGGCAAAAGCUGAAGGCAAUAGCAUCAUCGGCAUCGAAUACAUGGGGUCUGUUCCUGUUGGUGUUGUUAUUGGGUUAUGCCUUGGUCGAAGUUCCUCGUUCGCUGUGGAAUAAUGCAAAACCCGGCUUCACUCUGCAAUAUGCCUAUUUCAAGGCGGCAAAAUUAAGUGCUGACAAAGCCGAGGCUGAAGAAAAUGUCGACGAUGUUUUGGAAUCGUUGCAGGGUAUAACACGUUCUGUACCCAAUAAUCAUGAAUUACGCCCAUGCGUUGAGACAAUUUUGCGAAAAGUACCAACAGAAUUGCAAGAACGGGCAGCUCGAAAUUAUUCAAGAGGCGGCAAUGGUGGUGGUACUUCAACUAUUGUACCCUCUGAAAAAGCAUUGGUACGUAUACACAGACAAGUGAUAAAAUCUCUACAAACCUUACAACGCACAGAGGCCUUAUGGAGUGUACAGGUCGAAAAGGUAUUAUAUUUGGAAGAUGUCUCCAGGAAUAUGCAUUCAUCGGAUCGACGUUUUAAAUCGGAAUUUACAAAAGCACGUUCGCAAUUGGGCCGAUUUUUCUAUUCGCCGACCCUGCAUUGGUAUUGGGCUUGUUUGCUGCGAAGUCCUCUGCUGAAAUCGUUGUGUGUGGUCACAGCGAUUAUGUCCGGUAUGGUUGUGUGGAGUGAAUUAACAUUUUUCCAACGUCGACCGGUUCUGUCGAUAUUUGCCAAUGUCAUUAAUGUGGCCAAACAUGGCUAUGAUUUCUUUACCAUUGAAGUCUUCUCAAUGAUUGUGCUGUGCUACCUCUUCUAUUGUACUUAUUCGACAAUAUUGCGUAUACGUUUCCUCAACCUGUACUAUUUGGCACCGCAUCAUCAGACCAAUGAGCAUAGCUUGAUAUUCAGUGGCAUGUUGUUGUGUCGUCUAACACCACCCAUGUGUUUGAAUUUCUUGGGUUUGAUACACAUGGAUUCGCAUAUUAUUAAGGAACGUGUGAUGGAAACGUAUUAUACCCAGAUUAUGGGUCACAUGGAUGUCAUUGGAAUCAUAUCGAAUGGUUUUAAUAUCUACUUUCCCAUGUGUAUGUUGGCCUUUUGUUUGGCCACAUGGUUUAGUUUGGGUUCGAGGGCACUAAACGCCAUGGGCUUUCAACAGUUUUUGCAAAACGAAACGAUAGCCACGGAAUUGGUACAGGAGGGCAAAGAUUUGAUUGCUCGGGAGAAGAGAAGACGUCAGCGAGCAGAGGAGGCUAUGAAUCGUAGAAGAGAAUUUUCUCGCAACAAUGAGGCAAUAACUGCCAAUAUUUAUGUCAAUAAAUAUGGUAAUUUGAAUGCGAAUAAUGCAGUGUCUACUGCAGGAGGAUCCGGUGGUGGUGGUGGGGUUGGUCGUUUGGGCUCCAAUGUACCCUCUGAUGAUUUGAUUAGAAAUGGUGAUAAUUUACGUUAUGACACUUUGCCGCGAUCCCUGUCCGAUGAGCUGAAAGAGCGAUUUGGUGUUAGCACAGAGGCCCAUGUGGGCUUUAAGGGAGGACAUCAACCAUCAACUAAUAAUCGCUAUAGUGAUAACACCUCCACAUCUCGAGGAUUAUCCGAUGAGAUAAGCAGCCGUUUUGGCCGAAGCACCCAAGUACAACCACCCUCCACCAGUCAUUAUCGUUUGGAAUUUGGUGAUUAUGAAGAAGAUGAUUUUAUGGCAACAUCGGGAUCAAAUCGCAUCGAACCACCAAGGCGUUUAUUUGAUGAUGUAUAA